AUGGACAACAUGAACUCGUUUGUGGAAUACUCCAUUUGUAACCGAACGGGAACCGGCGCUUAUUCUGCGCCCAAAUCUGGAUACCACCACCACCAUCAUCUGCAUCACCACCACCACCCUCUGGAUCAGCAUCAGGGCUUUCCGGUGACCUCCGGCACCUUCCACACAGGACCAACCGGCUCUCCAGCUGCCGUUAACGGGACAAGAAGUGACAGCAGCACCGUGGGAGUGGGUUACACCGGGGAUGGGCGGCUGUACGGGCGCACUGGAGGUGAAGGAGCGCACGGGGCCACAGGAGCGACCCAGCAUCAUCAGCAACAUCCUCAUCAUCCUCAUCAUCAUCAUGAGCAACAACAGCAUCAGCAGACGCACAACGGCUAUCAUCCUCACCUCCACCAAACCCAAAACUUACAAAGCGGAACAUUGUCUCCUUAUAACAACGGGAACGGCGGCAACACCGGGGCCUAUGCGGGUCAGGCGUGCGCCCGAAACACGGAGUAUGCUGCCGCGACGGGCCCUCCCAACACCGUUCACUCCCAGUAUUUCAUGGAGGAGCCUGCGGCCUCCACCUACUAUCAUCAAUCAACCUACUCCAGCUCUGCGAGCACCGUCGGGCCAAGCUACGGGGCCCUGGCCGGGGCCUACUGCGGGCCUCAGGGCGCUCUGGCCGGGUCACAGUACCCGCAGCAGCUUGGUGGGGGUCUGGACGCAGCGGGCUACCUGGGGCUCCCACAUGGGGGAGGUUACGGGGAGCUACCGGGCUCGCAGGACCGAGAGAGGGGGGAUGAGGAGAGCCAGCAGGCCGGCCAGGGGCAGACCUUCGACUGGAUGAAGGUGAAGAGGAACCCGCCUAAAACAGUCAAAGUGUCGGACUUCGGCCUCGCGGGCGCACACAACAACGCCAUCCGCACCAACUUCAGCACGCGGCAGCUGACUGAGCUGGAGAAGGAGUUCCACUUCAGCAAGUACCUGACGCGGGCACGGCGCGUGGAGAUCGCCGCCACGCUCGAGCUCAACGAGACGCAGGUGAAGAUCUGGUUCCAGAACAGGCGCAUGAAGCAGAAGAAGCGCGAGCGGGAGGGCGCCUCCGCCACGACUCGCUCCUCCUCCUCAGGUACCGACGGCGGCUUCCACAAGGAGCUGGACGACACCGACCACUCCUCCGCGUCCACGUCUCCGGGCGCGUCCCCGAGCUCCGAGACGUCGUCAGAGCGAGCGACGUGA